CCAACCUGAAAAAGUGUCCUUUUCUUUUCGAUUUCAAACUGCCGACUGAUGUAAACAAAAGGACGGAGGACUUGUGGAAUGUCACAUUUAAUUAAGGACGUGCACACGUACGCAGGGGUGCGCGCCCCUACCGUUGAGUGACCUUUUGACAGCUGAAACAGAUCUUGAUAAACGCAAGAGCCGCGCAACGCGAGUAAACCGAGUCAUGAAUCGCGGUGGUGGUUAUAGACCUGUGCGGCGGCACGAGAGCUUCUUGGAAGAGGUGUGCCUCUUGAACUUACUGGCAGCGAUCACGAAAUCGACAGCGAUGAGACUGAAUACCUUUUACACCCAAACGAACAAAAUUUUGAGAUUAACGGCCCCUCGGUGGCAACGUUUCGGAGAAGUAGAAGAAGUCGAUCAAGUAGUUCCUUUCUGAAGAUUCUUCAGUGUUUCCUUUGCGGGUGUUGCCAGUGGCUGUGGAGCCGAUGCUGGCGUCAAAAGGAAUUGAAGUCACGGAUCAUUACCAUUGGCAGAUUGGCAGCGGAAAAAUACCCUGCCAAUGUCAUCAGAAACCAAAAGUACAAUGUGAUAACCUUCUUACCAUUGGUAUUGUUUCAACAAUUUAAAUUCUUCCUGAAUUUGUACUUCCUUGUAAUGGCAACAAGCCAGUUCAUUCCUGAUAUCAGAAUUGGCUAUCUUUACACAUAUUGGGGACCUCUUACUUUUGUCCUCACUGUGACCAUCUGUCGAGAGGCAGUGGAUGACAUUAGAAGGCACCAGCGAGACAAAGAGGUCAACUGCCAGCGGUACAUCAGACUGCUGAGCGAUGGCUCCAAAGAGUCGAUUCCAUCCUCUAAAAUCAAAGUCGGAGAUCUAAUAAUAGUGGAGAAAAACCAAAGAGUGCCCGCCGAUAUGGUGUUGAUGAGAACAACUGAACGGUCCGGCGCCUGUUUUGUCCGCACAGACCAGCUAGAUGGAGAAACUGACUGGAAGCUUCGACUGGCAGUCCCAGGCACACAGAAACUUGCCCACGACAAGGACUUGUUUGAUAUCCAUGCCACCCUGUAUGCUGAGAAGCCUCAGAAGGACAUUCACAGCUUUAUAGGCACUUACACAAGACAUGAUGGCGUGCCAUCUGAAGAAUCAUUGGAUGUUGAAAAUACUCUAUGGGCAAACUGUGUUGUUGCCUCGGGCACUGCUCUGGGACUUGUCAUCUACACUGGUUCUGAAACAAGGAGCGUAAUGAACAAUUCAUCCCCAAGGUCCAAAGUUGGACAGUUAGAUAUGGAAGUUAAUCAAAUCACCAAGGUUUUGUUUUGCGCUGUGAUCACCCUGGCUCUAGUCAUGAUGUGUCUGAAAGGUUUCAAUGGGCCUUGGUAUAGGUACACUUUCAGAUUUGUUCUGCUUUUCUCUUACAUCAUUCCAAUCAGUUUGAGAGUGAAUCUUGAUAUGGGAAAAGCCUUUUACUCUUGGGCAAUGCAGAGAGACCCAGCAAUUCCGGGAACUGUGGUUCGUUCCACCACCAUUCCCGAAGAGCUUGGCAGAGUUUCGUACUUGCUAUCAGACAAAACGGGCACUUUGACUCAGAACGAGAUGAUCUUCAAAAAGCUGCAUUUAGGAACAGUGUCUUAUGGCACAGAAACGUUUGAGGAGAUUGUUUUGCAUUUACGGAAAGCCUUUGCCAAGCAACAGCAGAGUGAAAUGAGGGGUGUGAGUUCUGGCAAGAUGCGAAGGUCUGAAUUGAGCAGGGUCUUGGAAGCUGUGAAGGCACUUGCGUUGUGUCACAACGUUACUCCCACCUAUGAGACCAGCGACAGGUCCGAAAACGGCAGUGAUGAAGCUGAGGCUGACCAACAUUCCAGCCAAGAAGUCAUUUAUCAGGCAUCGAGCCCAGAUGAGGUGGCACUUGUGAAAUGGACUGAAGAGUCGGGUCUGGCCUUGAUCCACAGAGAUCUUACUACAAUGCAACUGAGAACUCCCAACGGCUCUGUCCUCAAUUAUACCAUUUUGCAAAUCUUUCCGUUCACUUCGGAGACCAAGAGGAUGGGCGUAAUUGUGAAGGAGGAGUCUACAGGGGAGAUUACUUUUUAUCUCAAAGGUGCUGACAUGGUCAUGUCUGGUAUUGUUCAGUACAACGACUGGCUUGAAGAAGAGUGUGGAAACAUGGCUCGAGAGGGUUUGCGGACUUUAGUUGUGGCAAAGAAAUCACUGUCGGAGGAGCAGUAUUUUGAUUUUGAAGCUCGUUACAAUGCCGCUAGGAUGAGUGUGUCAGAAAGAGUGGUUCGAGUUGCUGCUGUUGUUGAAACAAUAGAAAGGGAGAUGGAGCUUCUGUGUGUCACUGGUGUGGAGGACAGAUUGCAGGAUGCAGUGAGACCAACUCUGGAAUUGCUCAGAAAUGCAGGGAUCAAGAUUUGGAUGUUGACUGGAGAUAAGCUCGAGACGGCAACUUGCAUUGCCAAAAGUUCGAGAUUGGUUUCUCGAACUCAAGGUCUUCAUGUAUUCAGAAAUGUAACCAACAGAACAGAAGCUCAUUUGGAGCUAAAUGCAUUUAGAAAGAAACAAGACAGUGCACUUGUCAUCUCCGGUGAUUCCUUGGAAGUCUGUCUGCAAUAUUACCAGCAUGAGUUCAUGGAAGUGGCUUGUAGUUCUCCUGCUGUGAUCUGCUGCCGUUGCUCACCAACCCAAAAAGCGCAAGUUGUCAAUUUGAUUCAAGAGCACACUGGAAAGCGAACACUUGCUGUCGGCGAUGGUGGCAAUGACGUCAGUAUGAUUCAAGCUGCUGACGCUGGAGUUGGAAUCGAAGGGCGCGAAGGAAGACAAGCCUCGCUGGCUGCCGACUUUUCUAUUCCACAAUUUUCGUAUUUACAAAGGUUAUUGUUGGUGCACGGAAGACGCAGUUACAAACGAUCAGCUGCACUAAGCCAGUUUGUCAUUCACCGAGGCCUCAUCAUCUCCACAAUGCAAGCUGUUUUCAGUUCUGUCUUCUACUUCUCCUCUGUAGCACUGUACCAAGGAUUCCUUAUGGUCGGAUAUGCAACUGUGUACACAAUGUUCCCCGUGUUUUCGCUUGUUCUUGACAAAGAUGUUUCCUCAAAAAUUGCUCUGACGUACCCUGAGCUGUAUAAAGAGUUAAGCAAAGGCAGGUCCCUCUCCUUCAAAACAUUCUUUAGCUGGGUCUUAAUCAGUAUAUUCCAAGGUGGAAUUAUUAUGUACGGGGCAUUCAUUCUCUUUGAAGAUGACUACAUCCACAUCGUAGCAAUUAGUUUCACUGCUUUGGUAUUGACAGAGCUCACCAUGGUUGCCCUCACUGUCCGCACAUGGCACUAUCUGAUGGUGUUGGCUGAACUUGUGAGUUUGGCCAUUUAUAUCCUGUCACUAAUAUUACUGAGGGGAUAUUUUGACUCCGAAUUCAUUCAAACUCCCCAAUUCUUGUGGAAAGUGACUGUCAUCACUCUUGUCACCUGCCUGCCACUUUAUAUUUUGAAAUUCCUCCGACGUAAAUUCUCACCGCCAAUAUAUUCAAAGCUUUCGUAAUCACAGCUUAAAUGAUCUGAUUAAUGUUAUCUUUUAAUCUUACCAAAGUGUAUUUGCAAGCAAAUUGACUUAUUUUAAUCACACAAUAAACAGAUAAUAAUUCUUCCA